AUGUCGUCUGAGCCUUCAAAAGUGGCAGUGGAAUAUAUUAGUGAAGACAAAAUUAUCAAGGAGGGUAGCGGCGCCCAGUCGCCCCUAGCGUUAUUGGCUGCCACCUGCAGUCGCCUUGGUGCUUCCAAUAUGCAGACAGAACAACAGGAUAAGGAGCAGCAGCAGCAGCAUUUCAGCCCGCAGCAGCAGCAACAGCAACAACAACAGCAGCAGCAACAACAACAGCAGCAACAGCAACAACAACAACAACAGCAGCAGCAGCAGCAACAACAACAACAGGUCCAACAAGCUCAGCUUGUACAGCAACAAGUGCAAGGUGAUGCAGCAACACUUGCAGCAAUACAACAACAAUACUUGCAACAGCAACCUCAACUACGAGUCAUCAGUACUGCGGUUGUUCAGCAACUCAGAGCUCAAGGGUUGUCGGGGAAUGAAUUGUCUGCAGCGAUAGUAAAUGCAGCAAGUACGGUACCAAAUGGCAUACAAGUGCAGCAACCUCAGGUUAUCUCAAUGCAACAGCUACAAUCGUUGCUGGGCGGCGGAGUGGUGUCGGGCGGCGACGGCACAACGUAUCAGAACACACCACAGCAGCUGUUACAAAUACACCCCCAGCUUUUGCAACAACAAGGAAAUGUGUACGGCGGCUGCGUGGUAGGCGGCAUGGCGCCGUUGCAGACCGUCACUGUGGAUGGACAGGACGCGCUCUUCAUACCCGCGCAUCACGCACAGAAUUUCUCUGGUAUGGGACAAGUGAGCCUUGUCAACGGUCAGUUAGUGAGGACGCCAGUUCUGCCCGCCGGGUUCCUUCAAAACGUCAUGCACUUGCCCACAGAGCAACAGGCCACCGUGUCCAUCCCCGGUACUAACCUCACUAUCCCCCUGAGCGCCCUCACCGGCAAUCAGAUGAUUACUAUCCCGGGGACUAACAUAUCGAUCCCGGGCGGGAUUCAGAUCCCGACCAGUCAGUCGAUAUCGAUCCCGAGCUCGACGAGUGUCCAACUACCGGUGGCCAGUGUUGCCAACGUGGCCAAUGGUGGCGUCGCCUUGGGGAAUGGGGAUAGUAAGAAUGGCAACACCAAGGAGGAGAAAGCGUCACCCACUCCCAAUGGACAAGGCGGCGGCGUGGCGGUGCGCGGCGGCGUGGGCGGCGUGGGCGUGGGCGUGGUGCCGGUGCAGGUGCCGGUGAGCGUGGCCAACGGGCACACGGUGUACCAGACCGUGCACGUGCCGGUGCACGCGCCGCACCUGCAGAUCAUACCGCAGCUGCAGCAGAUGCAAGCGCAACCGCAAGUGGCUAACGUCCUCACGCCUUCUGGACAAAUACAACAGAUACAAAUCGCAUCGCUCGGUAACGUACAGCAAAGUGCGGCGCAGGGCGGCGCCGGCGCCCAGCAGCAGCCUACGAUCACAUUACAGGCGGUGUCGAACCCGCUACAAGAGAACUCUUCGCAAGCGAUCAUCACCACCACGCCGCAGGGACAGCAGCUCACCGUCAUACCGUCUAGCAAUAUGCCAACGUUGGGCGUGGGCGGGCUCAGUGGCGUCCAGCUAGUCCCCACAGUGGGACUGCCCGGCGCGGUGCAGCUUGCGCAAAUACCGCAGCAGCAGCAACCACAGCCACAGCCUGUUAUAGAAACACCAUUUCCAGGACAACAAAUACAACAGGACCCCAACGAGCCCGGCAAGUGGCAGGUGGUGACGGUGAGCUCGGGCAGCGCGCCCGCCGCGGAGUGCGAGGCGAACAAGAUCAGGCCCAACAGUCCCAACAGUGGGAAGCGGUUGAUGAAGCGCGUGGCCUGCACGUGUCCCAAUUGCGAUCAGGGGGAGAACAGGCUAGUGGACCGCAAGAAGCAACACGUGUGCCACAUCCCCGGCUGCAACAAGGUGUACGGCAAGACGUCGCACCUGCGCGCGCACCUGCGCUGGCACUCCGGCGAGCGCCCCUUCCACUGCAACUGGCUGUUCUGUGGCAAGAGGUUCACUCGGUCGGACGAGCUGCAGCGUCACCGGCGCACGCACACGGGCGAGAAGCGCUUCGAGUGCCCCGAGUGCAGCAAGCGCUUCAUGCGCUCCGACCACCUCGCCAAGCACGUGCGCAUACACACCAAGAACCGGAUCACGGAGGUAGCAACAUCGACUCAGUCAAUGUACUCGGACUCGGGCGACGACAGCUGCGAUGAGAAAAUGAUGCUAACAAUAGAAACAAUGCACCAAGGAGGGGAUAAUGAAGAGAAACUCGUCAUGAUCAGACAGGGCACUAAGCUCGAUCCCGAUCAUAUUGACACG